CUUAAUGAAGCGGAAUCAACGAUCAAAUCGUAUAAAGACAAGGUUGGAUUUUUGGAGGAACAAUUUGAAGAAUCGCACAAAUCCAACAAGGCCUUGACUAAUCAAGUUCAUCAACUCCAAUCCGAUAUUCAAAGAUUUUCUUCGGGAUCUAAGAAAUUGGAUCAUAUGCUCGGGUUGGGUCAAACGAAUAAGUUGGGCCUCGGAUAUGAAGUAACAUGUGUUGAGAAGGAUUCAAAAUCAACUUCUAAAGCCUCAACAAAUUUAAAAGAAAAGGUGUGUCAUCGAUGUGGCAUCAAAGGACACAUCAAAAGGAGUUGUCGGAACAAGGAUUUGAAACCUCAAACGGCAUCGUCUACAACUCGACAUCCCCUACGGAAUCAAAAGCCAAAUCAAGUGAGUCGAGUACAUCAAAAGAAUCGGAUUUCUAAACCACAAGUCAAGGUCUACCUAAGUCUCAAGCGAAGAAAACACCAACGGUUGAUCUAAAAUUUAAGCAAAUGGCAUCAAACGUCGACAAGCUGAGAAAAACAAAGAUUCGACAAGUUUGGAUUCGGAAAGGCAGUGGUCGUGGACGUGGUCAAGGUCAUCGAGGGACCUCAAAGAGAGCUCGUGCUGCUAUAGGAGAGUCCGGUUCAGAUCCGGAGUAUCAAGCAAGCUCGCAGGAAGAAACAGAAGAAGCGGCGACUCGAGCUGCUAAAGGAAAGAGUGUUGUGGGCGAAUCAUCUCAUGGCGGUGGUUCUCGUACGCGUGAGGGACGUACAAAACGAGCCGCGGAUGUCCUUUCAGCACGACAAAGGUUAUAUAUGUCGAAGUCGUGCAUAGCUGAACGCUUCGUGAACUUCAAUGACCUGUUUUGGGAUGUUCCUGAUUUUGGACGACUGCUACAGCGUGCACCGAUUGAGCCAGCUGGACGGGUUCCUGCCAAGGCUCCCUUCUGUGUGGAACUCAUUCGGGAGUUCUAUAUGAAUGGGAAGGUACUUGCUGAAGAUGAGGAGACAGGCACUUUUCUUUUCGAGACUGUUGAAAAUGGCGUUUUUUCUCGUGUUGGUGUUAACGGUGCUUAUGGCCGUGGGCAGCGGUCGUGGACGUGGUCGAGGUCGCCGAGGGACCUCAAAGAGAGCCCGUGCUGCUACAGGAGAGUCCAGUUCAGAUCCGGAGUAUCAAGCAAGCUCGUAGGAAGAAACAGAAGAAGCGGCGACUCGAGCUGCUAA